AUUUAUUAUUCGUUGAUCAUUACUGAAAGAAAAUUUACAUUUUGUCAAAAAUGCCUUUAUCUAUUCGAUCACAUCAAAGGUAUCAGAAAAGUCGAAGGUUAAGAAGAACAAUUAUAAAUCAUUCUCGAAGAUUCACAUCGAAUAAUGAUGACACGCUUAGAAGAAUUUCAAACCUUCCUCAACAAAAUUCGACUAAUUCAUUCGUAAAUCAAUUAUUUAACGGGUCGACAUUCUAGAUACUGUACCUUUUUUCAACACAUCUUA